CUCUUCUCAUCUCUCCACGUGCUGCUCUUGCCUGCUUCCAUGGUCCGGUGCCGCUGCGGACAUAUUUUCUUAUUAUUGUUAUUUAAUUAGUGAAAGUGAAAUUGAAACGAGUUUAAGAGAGAGAGAGGGAGCCAACGUGGCAUAAUAGUUAGUUGAGAAGUAAAGUAAGAGAGACGGGAUUAUUACUAUAAUUUGAAGGGUGGUAGGGUGGGAUGGUGUUGGUGUUGGUGUUGCUGUAUAGAUAGAGACUUCUGCUUACUUCACCUCCCUCCCUCCCUCCUUCCCUUUCCUUCUCUUCUUCCUUCUUAUCUUUCAAUCUUCUUCUUCUAAUUUUGCAUACAUACAUACAAACAGAAAGAUAACAGAUUUGAGAAGAUGGGAAACUGUCAAGCUAUUGAUGCUGCUGCCUUGGUUAUACAGCAUCCAAGUGGGAAAAUAGAGAGGCUGUAUUGGCCAGUCACAGUUAGUGAGGUUAUGAGAAUGAACCCGGGUCACUAUGUUUCUUUGAUAAUACCAUUGCCUCCUCUACCUGAAGAAGAUCAAAAGUCCGUCCGUUUUACCAGGGUUAAGCUUCUUAGGCCUACUGAUACUCUUUCUCUUGGUCAUGCCUAUCGACUUAUCACUUCUCAAGAGGUUAUGAAGGUCUUGAAGGCCAAGAAGUAUGCAAAGACAAAGAAGCACCAGCAGGAAUCAGUUGAGAACUUGCAGAUACCUCAGGACAAGCAGAGUUCAGGUUCUGAAACAGAACCCAAAUCCCACAUGGAUAACAGUACCCAGGCGCUGAAACAGGAAAGGCACCGCCCAAGGACAGCAUCAGUGAACCCAGCUGCAAUGAGAUCAAAAUCAUGGCGGCCAUCGUUACAAAGCAUCUCUGAGGCUGGAAGCUAGAUGAAUGCUUAUUUCAAGUUUCAAAUUGUGACAUGCACAGUGGUCUUUCAAAAGUCUAAUGAACUGCCUAUUUUCAUUUGCAGACGCUCUUCAUACAUGAACUUCCUCAAACAAUGAAAUAUAAAUUCAUUAAAACCAUGGAGGUGGGGGCCGAAAGUUUCUAAAUCCUUGCCACAGAAAACCCCAGAUUCAAACAAAUUUUUCGAGUAAUAAGACAUCUGUAUAGCUUCAAUAAGAGCAAUGCAUGAAUAUUACAAAGUAAUAUGUUGUGAUGAAAUUAGAUCUUGCUAAUGUAAUUGCUGUCCCCAAUUUCUUGUAAGUUGUUGAUGCCAGACUAGGAUUUCUGAUAUAUAACUAGACAACAAAAGGAACAAAUUAAUGAAAUGUAUAUGAAUGUACGAUCAUAUUUGUGGGU